GCAGUCGAGCGGUACCCACAAAAGUACGUGGACUUCGAUGGACAAGUCGUGGCAGAUCGGGCCUACAACAUGCGAGGCUACAUCCGCGGCUCUGGGGGCGGGCCCCGGGCAUUUGAAUCAGUCGAGUGGGAUCCGAGAAAGCCCAACGUUCUUGCUGUCACCAUCAAACGUGAUGGCCUCUCGGUCAAAACCGAAACCCGGGUCAAGAAGAGGUCCGUGGGAAUUCCGGAAGGACGCAAUGACCUCUUCAAUAGCAGUGAAGUCUACGUUCAGGAAGUCAGCGGUGCGGGUGACAGCGGUCGGGACAAAGUGACGCCCAUCCGGUGUGUAAACAA